GAGACUUCGCUGGUUUCCUUCGUUUGUUGGGGGAAAAUAAAUCAUUUUCGUCGUUCUCCGUUCUAAAUCGCUCUUGAUUCCGGUGUUUCUUGUUUUACGUCAAAAUGUCCGGUUUUAGUUUUGGCGCUCCGACCACUUCGGCGCCAGCAUUUUCGUUCGGCACCCCAGCAGCAACGGCGAGCAUCGCACCAGGAGCCAGUGCUCCAAUGGGCACUGCAACGGGCUUUUCGUUCGGUUCUCCGGCUACCGCUACCACAACCACGGCCACCGCAGCAGGCGUGUUAAGCUUUGGUAAGCCAGCAACUACCACGAUGGCAGCGGCAGCUCCGGCACCAUUAUCGUUCGGACUCGGUGGUGUCACUACCUCAACGGCCAGCCCAUUCGGAGCGAUGAGUCUUCCGACCGGAGCGACAACGGCAACUACAACGGCAACAUUCGCUGUUCCGACUCUUAACUUUGGUGCGCCAGCAACGGCCGGAACUGGUCCUACGCUCGGCAUUGGAGGUGCGGGUGGGUUUUUCGGAGCAGCCAAACCUGCAACAGCAACCACGGCGACAGGAACAGGCUUCGUUCAGCAAACACCUACAACGACCGCGACGACUACGGUGGGCUUGGGUGGUGUGGACAUUAAUGCCAACUUACCCAAAUCAGUUGAGGGCAAAACUGACAGCACUAAAGCGAAGGAAGCUCUGGUGCCGCAAGAAAUCCUUACCACCGUGGAGCACCUGAAGGAGUACAUCAAGAAGCAGAAAACCAUCAGCUCGGACAUUGCACGUUGCUCGGCACGAAAAAUGUCCAACGUGUCGAACGAAAUCAAGAGCCUCAGCAGUACUCUGGCCGAGCUGUCGAACAGCGUGAGUAACAACCAGAAUGCCAUCAAACUGUUGCGUCACGAAACGUCCGGCAUCACGCAUCAGGCGGAUAUGGCGCAACGGACGCAGGAAACUCCCGUAGGACUGCAGUUCGAAAACACGCUGCCGUUGCAGUACUUUAUCGAGCUGACUCAAAAGUAUGAAUCGGACCUCAUAAAUCUGAAGCAACAGGUCGAGCUAACCGAGAAACAUAUGAACUCGCUCCACACACCACAGUACUUUACUCCGCAGCACCUGAAACUGUGCCUGCAGCAGAUUUACGAAAGUUUUGUCGCCCUCGCCGGAAGACUGCACGAACUGCAUCAGAAAGUGGAGGAAAAAAAGGAGCAGUACCUGAAUCUGAGGAAGUAUCUUCUGCGUGAUACUACCGACGUGUUCGAGAGCAACGAAAGUGCAAAGGAUGCUGGCAAGGAUGGGGACAAAUUUGCCCUAAACGUUUCUUCCGGACCGACACCCUUCUCGUCCGUAAUGGGUAACGUCAAUUUCGGUGUUUCGCUGCGGCAACCGGGUCCUGGAUCAUCGUUGUGGGCCGGUUCGGUUGAGCAAAGUAGAACUGCGUUCGGAACGACGAAUUUCUUCGGGAUGACUCCAGCAGGCGGAACAGCCUCAGCAGGAACCGACAGUGUGGGUUUCGGUAAUCGGUUAGGCUUCGGAUUCGGUGCGAUUACGGGAACCGGAAGCGAUGCUUUCAAUCUACAGAAGCCACCACUGGGGAGCAAACGGAAUAAGCACUGAACAGUACGCCUUUCACGCCCAGCGAUUGAACGAUUCAACAUAAUUUUGAAAGACAGCGAUAGGGUAAACAAAUUAAA